AUGGACGCGUCAGUCAGUCUCAGCACAAAAAUAUUGUGUCUCAAAGCACAUGUGAGUGUAGUUCUUGCGCCAACCGGACGCUUUGCAACACAUUUUCAGUUUCACUUCCUCCUUAUCUCCGCUCUCUACGCCCUGCUCAUUGUGGUGUUCGCCGCCGGAGUCGGCUACAAUUAGUAUCAUCGCGCUUUGCUUUAUCAAAUGCACCUAAAUCUAAACUUUUUCAGUAUAAACUUUCCAAAGGAGAUGAACGGCGCGCCGAUGUCAGAAGAGCAGAUUAGGGAUGGAAAAAAGGGGCUUCUGGAAGGAUUGGGUGGCUACACUGUUAUUCCGGUCAGCAGUCUUCGGUCAAGUAUUUGUAUACCUUUGUAACCAAUUCAGUUCGUCAUCGUCACGUUUCUCAGCGGACUGAUUGUACUCGUCAGGAACAGAAACUGGUUCGCAAUGUGUGCGAUUAUCACGGUGAGACUGAUCACGGCGGGACCAAAAGUGUAGAAAGGGGCGUGGCCUAAUCUGAGACGCGUUUUCUGAAAAUUGCCGCAAUUCCAGCACUUUUCCGAUAUUUUUGUGUUUGAUAUCGACGAAAGAAGAGACAUAAAAGAGAGAAAAAAUUGAAUUUUUCGUGAAAACGCCGCGUUUGAGACGUUUUUGGCAUCAUUCGCAAUUCGGAAUUUUCAUACCGGCCUAUCUGGAUAGUUUUGAGACGAAGUGAGUGUCGGAAGUGAUUAAGCACGUUGAUAAAAGUAUUUUAGGCGUUCAAACGGCAAAAGGUAUCGGCGAAUGACUGAAAUUCGCGCAUUUUCAGCACAAAACUUGAAAAUCGAUUCAAUUGAUUCAUUUCUGAAUGAAACCUGCUCGUUUUAAGCUCAAAAAGUGCGCGAUGAUUAGUUUAAAAAAGUUAUUAUGCAAUUACAUCGUCGAAAUUGUACAAAAGUUGGGUAAUUUUUAACGAAAAACAUGAAAAAUCUGGUUAAAUUUCGAAUUUCGCGCCAAAAUUGUGAUAAACCGUGCACGCUAGGCCCCACGCCCCUUUCUACGUUUUUGGUCGCUGUGCUGAUGUACACGUUAGUACACGAAAACGCCGGUUUUAGGCCAUCAUUGCUCUGCUCACAAUCGGCUACAACGCAACAGUUCUCGUGUAUUUCAAGAUGAAGUACGUCUGGCCGCCACACCUAAUUUAUGGAAUGUUCGAGACAAUGAAGCCACUCCAAGCACAAAAAGAUCAAAUUAUCGCGCAAUUUCAACAACAUCAACAGCCAAUACCAGACGAGCUGAAGCAGGAGUUUGAUUUGGAGUUUAUGGAGAAAAUGAGUUUGGUUAUGAUGAAAGUGUCCGUUUCCGUGUUCACCGGCGUCAUGUUCGCCAUCAUUCCGCUCCAACUCUACUGCGUUUUCGUUCUUGUCAAAAUGAGGUAAGUCGUCUUCUUCUUUCUUCAUACACGGUCUCCAGAGCUGACAAUAUGGGCGUGGCCUCGGCCAAAUUGCGUUUUCAUGAAUUGAGCAGGUUUUCUCUGAUUUUUGUAGUCAACGGCGAUGAAAAAUGAUUGUUUGACAUGAAAACACACUAAUUCUCAGAAUUAAUGACGUUUUGGCGCAUUUUUCGCGGACUUUGCUUUUUAGCCUUCGCCGCCUGAAAACCGCACUUCUCAUUUUGCGCUUUCUUGACCGUUUUCAGACAGAAUCGGUUUUGAAAAUGAUAAAUCACUUAAAUACAAGCAUUUUGAGCGCUCGAACCGCGAAAACUACCGAAAAGCAAAUGAAAUUCACGCAGUUUUAGCCAAAAACCUUCAAACAGAUAAAUGUGAUUUGCGACUUGACUAAAUUUAACGCUCUUGCGCUUAAAAAAUUCGUAAUGGCCUAUACAAUCGGUCUAUCGAGAGACAAAUGAGAAAUUAUCGAUUUUUCGUGGCUAAUCUGGCAAAAAACACAAAUUUUGCUGUUAAAAUUUGAAUUUCGCGCAUUAGGCGGGGCGCACUUGCGCCCAUUGUCAGUUCUGGAGACCGUCAGCUCUGGAGAACGCGCGUUUCAAAACCUCCCCAUUCAGUUUCCUCUACAAACCGCCCGCAAAGCCAGCACCCCUUCGUACCGUCCGAGUGGCACCUCCGUCUGUGAGGACGGAGCCGGUGGAGCCGGUGGAAGCGGAGGAACCGCAUCCAACUGGAACCGAGAACGGAACGGAUGCGGAUAAGAGUGGAAUUGGAACCGGCGCCGAAGUGCUCGCUGCAGAUCAGACCGGCACCGGAACUGGAGGAAUGGAGGCGGAGGAGGGCGACGGAAAGAAGAAUUCAAAGAAGAGUGUCAAGAAGUGA